UCGAGGUCUUACUACGUAGAAAACUCCAAUCACAGGCGCCUAGAGACGUGGUUUUAGGGGAAACCCGCACCCAGGGCAGUUUCAGAAAGCUCUGACAAGUUCCUCAAGUCCCCCGCGUUGAUAGAAUCGUGUGAAGUAACGAAAGAACCAUUGGCCAUUGGACGUCGUAUGCACCUCCCAGGAUUACGCAUGUGUUAUGCUACUCUACCGUUCUACAGAACCUCAAAUUGAUGAAAGUCAUCUAUAAGUAAUCAAUAGGCGAUCACCCAGGUUAGAUAUUAGUGGACAAAGAGGGGAGCAAGGCAGGAGGGGUUCAUCCUAUAAUUUCUCCCUCUUUAUUCCAUCUACUUUGAAAAAUCCACGGCUUACAGUCGAGAACUACUCUAAAAGUCAACGAUAUGGAAACUCCAAUGAUACCGGCUCCGAAGGACGAAGGUGAAAGGGAGGUCCUCGAAAAGCUAAUUGCCAUUCGCGAUCAGUUGCAAUUACGCAAACUCGACCGCACGACCUACGUUCGGACCCAAGAUGUCAUGAUUUUAUAUGACCAGACCAUUGAGCAGGUCAGAAUCCUGAACGAAGUUAGACAUGGGAAGUCGGCCGAAGAGAAUAGAGUGGACAGAGUAGUAGACAGCUGUUUCCAAUUACUAUCACUCUUUUUCAUGACUAUCGGCCGAAACAAUGAAGCCCCUGCCGCCUAUGCCCUGACCUCGACUAUCAAGCGACUCCUAGACCAUCUAGGUGAAUCCAACUUAUUCUCUGCUCGGGAUCUCGAGAGCAUGUCUCAGACGCUUGUGCAUCUAUCGGAAAUAGCACACAACUCCGCCAGCACGAAGCCUUCGCCUUUACUUGAGACCUUGAUUGUGCAACGGAUAGAGCGAUGUCGCGCAUUGUUAGCAAGCCUACAGAAAAAGAUCGAGGAUAUUGCAGAGCCAUUACGGCCGACCGCGGAUAGACUCGUCUCUAUAAUGAGACAGAUGGCUAUAAUCAAUACCAAAUCAAAGUUCACACCAUCGGAAAUAUAUAAGCGAGAGGCGGAGCUGAAAGAGAUUGGCGAGACACGAAAGGACGGGCAAUUCCUCGACGCUGAUGGUAAUGUUUUAAAAGGUAGCGAACGCGUCUCGCUGUUGGUUGAUCGAUGUUUAGAGUAUACGAAAAUUGUCCUCGAAAGAAAUGGUCAAUUUCCUGACAAGUGGAAGCCAGUUUACGAUGUACUCGUUGGCAUUAGAAAUGACCUUGAUAAGCUGUCGUUGACUCAAGCGUGGUCACUACGAGAAACGGACUUGUACGACUACCAACGACAACUCGACAGGAUCGACGAGAGCAGAGUAAAUGGAAAUUGGGUGGACGACCAAGGGCAACCAGCCGAACUUUAUGUCCAACGGACCCUUCUUUACUUAAUUCGAAAGUGCUACGGUUAUAUCUAUCAUCUUAUGAUAUCGUCAGAGCCGGUUUCUGAGGCUCUAUUGCCGAUUUACAACCAACUACAGACGUUAAAACGUUGUCUCGUCGAGGUAAAGAACAGCGGUGGUGUAACAUCGGUGAGGGAGCUUUACCCUUAUAGCAUGAAGCUAAAUUCGAUCGACAAUAUGAAAAUUGAUGGCAAAUUCAUGGUCGGGGAAGAUAUUCCCGAAGGUCAAGGCAGUGUAGCUGAAUUGCUGGCCGAAUGCUUCGACCUGAACUACGAGCUCAGAGUGGCAGCGGAGGCAGCGACAGAAACUCCUCCAUCAGAGCAGGAGUCAUGAGGUGUUUAACAUAUUAAGAGUUUGCGACGCAAUUAUAGAGUGGUGGUUCAUGUCAUCUGGCUCGGCUGAUUGGCGUAUGGGAAAUGUAUUCUUUAGUCUUGUUUUGUAAUUAUUAACUUCUGGAGACGAGGCCAAUGCCGCACCUUUUACUACAAGCAAGACACGUGCAAGUAACGGGUAUAGGUUUACAGUGAAUGUAGUCAUCGACAUUCUAAAUAUCGACAUGAACUGAAUACAUUAUGGAGGACUUCGGUGUUUAGAAUACGUCUAGCCUAAACAUUCAGAAUCUGAAAAUCAGGGAAACCUGAACGCAUACUUGGCCUAGAAAGUGGUUUAGUAUCGUUAAAGGAGUUAGAUAGAUGUAUGGCAUAUGAGCUUACCGCUAAUAUUAGAGCCUAGAGUUGACC